AUGUUUGCCCGUAUUCUCUUAUUCACGGCCCUGCUUAUUGUGCCUCUGGCUUACUUCUUAUCUCAUCAGGCCUUGACACAACAUGCGCCCUAUUUCCAAGGAAGAAUCAAAACCCUGAUUUUCCUCACAAACAGCAGCGAGCAUGGUCUAUCCAAUGUGCAUCUUGCAACUGCAUCAGCCAUACUAGAGAAUUAUCCAGAUAUAGAAGUGCAUUUUGCUUCAUUUCCGUUUAUCGAGCCAAAGUUGGAACGAAUCCCAUCAUUCGCCAAGAUUAAAUCCCCUCACGCGAAAACCAUUGUCUUUCAUGGUCUCACAGGCCUGAAAUUUGUGCAGGCAAUCGCCAAAGAAGGUCGAAGUUUCAUAUCCCCUCCUGGAUGGGGAGAUAUCGGUACUUUGGCCAAGCACAUACAGCUCUGGAUAUCACCAUGGACGUUUGAAGAUCAUGUACACUUGUACAAAGAACUUGGUGACAUUAUCGAUGAGGUUGACCCGGCUGUCAUUGUGCUUGAUCGUUGGUUCCGUGAUAGACCAUCAUCAGGUUUUCCCUUCCCAGUUCCUCUACUCAAGCUGCCGGAGAACGGCGCCAUGAUCCCAGUAGAGGUUCUUCCGCCCAACGUCACCUGUGCUGGGCCAAUCAUCCUAUCAGGGCCACCAGCUGAUCAACAAGAUCCUGAAACUGCAACUUGGCUCAAGAAAGCUCCUACGCUUCUCAUUAAUCUCGGUAGUAAUCUUGCGUAUGACGAAAGUCGUGCUGAACUUAUGGCGAUCGCCAUAGCAGUGUUACUAUCCUCUACUGAAUACCAGGUCUUGUGGAAAUUUAAUAAGCUGGGAGACUUUUCCGAUGAUUUCUUGGUGCACUUGAAGCCGUACCUUGAUAACGAGGGACUAAGAAUGCCAAGUUGGCUCGUAGCAGACCCGUCCUCACUUCUCGAUACUGGGAACAUUGUUACUUCAGUGCAUCAUGGCGGUUCAAACUGCUAUCAUGAAGCCCUUGCAGCGGGUGUGACAGAAGUGAUCCUUCCUUUGUGGGCCGACCUCUACAACUAUGCUGCUCUAGCUGAGACAAGAGGCAUUGGGGUUUGGGGAUGUAAGGAUUCAACGCCCAACUGGACGAGCGAGUGCUUGUUGGAUGCGUUUAUGAAGGGAAUAGAUGGUUGUGGCGAGAGUUUCUUGCAGCGACGAGCAAAAUAUCUGGGUGAUAGGAUUAAAGCAGGGAAGAAGGGGCGUGAUGUGGCAGCUGAUGAGAUCGCCAAACUGGCAUACGUGAAGUAA